AUGAGUCCUGAGAAUUGCCUGGUGGUGAGUGGACAUGGACAAGGCUGUGGUGUGGACCUGGUUGAAUCCAACCUUGCAGUUAUGCCGAGUUGCAGGUUGUGGGUUGUGGCUGCUACAUGUAGUGGAUGUAGUGUGAGAAUUCAGAUGUGGGGUGUUGGAUGGGCAGCAACACAGCUUGCCAAAACCAUACCAAAUGUUACGGUCUUUGGAACAGCCUCAGCUCACAAACAUGAGGCUAUGCAAGAGAAUGGAGUAGACUAUGCCAUCCACCAUGGUCAGGAUUAUGAAAGAGAAAUCUUAAAGGUCCGACCUCAAGGUGUCAGCAUUGUCUUGGACAGCUUGGCAGGGGCCGAAUUUACCAGAAGUCAGAACCUUUUGGAACCUCUGGGCAAGGUGGUGCUAAUAGGAGCCAAAGGAAUGAUUGAGGGGGAGCAUCGCAGUCUGUGGUGUAUUCUGAAAACCUGGUGGAACACAAAAAAUGUCUCUCCUCAGUCUCUCAUCAUGAAGAACCAUGCUGUAGCAGGUUUCCAUUUAACUGAGCUCAGAAAAAGAGACCCAAAAGCUUUUCGAAAAGGAUGGAUGGAGGUCAGAGACAUGAUAGCUGAUGGGGUAUUACGUCCUAGAAUUGAUUCAGUCUGGAAAUUUGAAGAAAUUGUAGAGGCGUCAAAACAAAUUUCUGAGAGGAAAAACAUUGGGAAAGUUAUUAUUAAGCCAUGAAUUAAUGAACCUUUUGAUUCAAAGAGCCUGAAUGAUGUAGCUAGCUACAUGCAUGUGGAAUACUCUGUGUAUCUGGCUUCUUUACCUUAAUUUUUUAUAAAUGCUAAUUUUGGUGUUUAUGUCUGUCAGUAGCCUUGCAAUUGCACAAUAGUUCCAGUAGGACUUCUGUAUUCACUUUUACCUGUCUUUGCUUAAUUCUUUUUCAGUCUGGCCAACAGGAAGACAAUUUCCAUGAGUUGCUUUACCUAAUCCUAUCAAUAUUGAUGCUAUUAGCAUUAUUGUAGACAAUUUGAUUUUUACAGUGUUUUGACAUACAUAAGGUACAGCAAUAUAAGAUACCAGAAUGCAUUUCUGAAAAUCAAGGAAAAGGUUAAACAGGUGAGAUAGGUAGUACUCAUAAUUGGCUCAUUGGUGACUUGUUGAGCAAUCUGUGUGUAUAGACAAUUUGUGUGUAUAGACAACUAAU